AUGUCUAUGGUUCAGGCAAGUUCAGAAAGUGCUGGAACAUCAAGUGCUGGCCACCAUGGACAGUUGGAGCUGUUGUUUGGGUCUCUGACUCUGGCAGCUAAUGACAGUCAUUGUUUGGGCAGAGCGAGCACUGCGAGAAAUAAUUUUGCAACACUUGAAGUCGGUGCUCAGGACCAUUGGGAAAUAGAAGCAAUACUAGACGGGGAACAAGGUGAGGUUCAUUUAUCCAAGAAGCUGCGACAACAAUCGGCUAUGGCGAUUGUCUCCAAGUGCUGGAAGCUCCUAUUUCUUUUUUCUUUGAGGAGUUAUAGUGAGAAAUUGGGCACUGACGAUGUCACGAGAAAUUUUUGGAUACUUCCUUGUGCCCUUAUCUUCUCUUGGGCAUAUCCCCAUACCUUGCAACUCGAUCAAGCCGUAACGUUGCAAGUCUUUCGAUGUCUUGGGCCUUUGAUAUUUCUGCCUCUGCCUCUGCCAUGA